AUUCGUCAAUGUACAGUUUGACAGUUCACACUACUAUAAAAGUGUUGCGCGAGACGAACAAUGAGAAAACGUCAUCGCACAGCACAAUAUUGUGGUUUUUCAAUUCAGUGUACAAUUUUGAGGCAACAAUUUAUUAAAAACGUUUAGAUUUUUUUUUUUGUUUGUAUGUUUUAAGCAUUUGUCGAAAAUCAAAAAUUGUACAAUGUCUUUGUCGUUAGUUUCGUAUGCUGCUAGCAGCGAUGAAGAUAGUGAUUAUGAAGAUAAAGAAGAAACAAUCACAAUGAAACCAAGUCAAUCAUUGGAUUCAGCAUCAACAGAGAAACAAAAUGGUCAACAAAUGAGUAAAUCACUUAAUCUACCUCAACCAAAGCAUGUUACCAGCAAAGAUGACGAAGAUAAUAAUGUUGGAAAUGAUAAUUUUAAAUUAAAUUUGCCAGCGCCCAAGAAAUCACAUACGAUUGUUGAAGAAGAUGAUGAUGAAUUUUUGCAUAAAAAGGUGCAACCAUCAUUAGUGGAAAAGCCAACAAAAUUGAAGCCAGAAAAUAUUCGAAAACCCGUUAGAAUAACCAUACCGUCAUUGUCCGAAUUUGCUGAUGAUGAUGAUUUGCCCAAACAAAAGUGUGCAUCAAUUGGACCGAGUGCACCAAAACCAAGUGGAUUGCUCGGUAUGUUGCCGCCACCAAAGUUCAAUGCAGCAUUUGGCAAACCAAAAGAGAAACCAGCGUCAACAACAGCAACAACAUCAAAUGACUCAUCGUCAAAACCGACCAUAACAAAAACAACUUCAUUAAUUCCGCAUACCGUUGCCAAUAAAAUAAAACAGGCGGCCGCCAAAUCAAAGCCAAAUGCAACAGUGGUGGCCAACAAGAAGACCAGUUUGGGUUUAAAUUACAAUAACAGCGAUGACAGUGACAAUGAAGAGGAAGAAAGUGGCGGUGACUUCUUUUCGUUGAACACCGACGAUAAAUUGCCAGAGGUUAGCGCAUCCGAAAUAAAUGCAAUGGUAGCAAAGAAAGCAACACAAAUGGCUGAGUUUUCGAAAAAUUUAAAUGAAGCCGAACAAAGUGCGACCGAAGUAGAAGAUUAUUCGGAACAGGCAUCAUCGUCGUAUGUACCAGAUAAUGAUCAAAUUAAUAUUGAAGCGUUGAUUGGUGCUCGAGCUGCAAAGCGAUCGCGAAAGGAGGAUAUUCAAUUCAUCGAUAUAUCACAAGAUCAAGUUAUAUUAAAUCAAGAUGAAUGGCGACGAAAUCAACUACAAGGUGAAACACAGUAUCAACCGACGGGCCGUCUGGUCGUUGGCGAUCCGGGGACCGGAACGAAGAAAAAACAUCAAAUCACCUAUCUCGCAUACCAGGCAAAAGCAAACGAAGCCGAAUUGCAGGCAAUGUGGGCCACCAAUCGACAAUCGAGACGACAAACACAAAGCAAAUAUGGAUUCUGAAAUACCGAAUUUUCUCAAUUUUCUUCAGUUUCAUUUACAUUUAAGACAUUAAUAACAUUAUUUCAUUUGUAAUAAAAGUGAUUAACAAUAAAAAUAUCGGAUAAUUUCUUCGUAUUA